AUGCCUGGACAAACUACAAAUAUAUCGUUAUUGCUACCAGCACAGCACAGCUUUGGGAACCCGGUAGGAAUAUGUGCAGACCCAGAAGGCAAUAUCAUGGUUGUUGAUCAACAACACAGAAAUGUCACCCUUUUCCCUUUAAGUGGGUCACCUGUCUGUGUGGUAUCAAAGGGCCUGAGUAGGCCAACUGGCAUAGCUUGUUCUCCUCUUGGACAAUUAUUUGUUAUUGAUUCUGCUGACAAUUCAGUGAAAGUUUAUAAGUACCGAGUUCGUCCUUAUUAUAAUUCAACCAGCCCCAGGAGGUCAGUGGACAAACCCUAGCAAACACUGUAUAAACUAUAGAAAAACAGCUUUGAGAAAGUUAAUGGUCUUACAGGAGUAAGACCAUUAACUUUCUCAAAGCUGUUUUUCUAUAGUUACAGCAGCGUUAAA